UCUUCGAAUAAAGAUCUUUUAAGUGAAAGUUAUCCCGCGAGUCUUCGAGAAGUUAUCUACUUGACCACUCAAGUGUUCUUUACGUGACGUGAAAUCGAUUUUGAGACCAUAAACGCUGACCUCAACUCAACCUAACAUUACUCGAUCGACAGUUGUUCGUUGAUUGUGAUAAAAAAAAUCGCAACGAUUCUCAAUCCUUGAAAAAUUAAUAAACCACCAGGCAGUGUUAGGUUUCGACCACCAGCCACAUCAUUAAAAUUUUGUGUUCAUUGAUUGGACAAGAUAAGACUAAAGUGAAAUCGAGUUUUAUUAUCUGUCGGCUCUGUUGGCCAAAGUCUGUAUCCGGGCUACGAUAAGUCUGGUGAAAUUGACAACUAGCUAAAUCCACCUUGAUUUUGAUUUGCCGAUAACGAGGGAAUAGACAUAUGAUAUGAUGUGUGGUUCUUAACCCUGUCAAGCAAUCCAUCGUCUCAUUAAUGUUUGCUGAGUUUACACGUCAAAUUCAAUAUACUAAUUAAGGAAAUAUACGUUACAAGGACUAAAAGUCUGACUUUGUUCGCUCGAAACUACGUAAAUUUUAUAGUAAACUUCUCUUAUUUUCUAACUUCUGAAGCACUAACUUUGAGGUCUCUGUGUCAGCAUGAUUGCGACUCAUCAUGGUGGAAAAAUUUCGUCAGAUUAAAUGUGCUCCUGUUGCCCUUCAAAAAGGCGGAAGCAGGAUGAAGUGGAAGUUUUGGAGGAAACAAUCCGGAAGCGAAACGAGCAACAAAAGAAGGCGGGAGUAGAGCUCGACGCAACGUGUCACAUUUGCCUGAAAACUAAAUUCGCCGACGGUGUUGGCCAUGUCUGUAAUUACUGCCACAUACGCUGCUGCGCCAGGUGCGGAGGCAAGGUCACUCUAAGGUCAAAUAAGGUGAUCUGGGUGUGCAUCCUGUGCCGGAAGAAACAGGAGCUGCUGAGCAAGACCGGUCAGUGGAUCAACAAGGGCGGGGUCCCAGGCUCGGGCGGGGACCCGAUCAUCCGGCGCAUCGAGGCCGACCUCCAGGGCCAGAGCCUCCCCGGGGGGGACAAGCGGCCCAAGCUAGAGCGAGCCCACUCGGCCGCCGAGAAGGAGAACCAACCCCUCCAGAAAUCCGCGAGCUCCCUCAAGCGCCAGUACUCCCAGCAGGAGCACAAGUACCAGGCCGAAGAUGAGCCGGACAAGGAGGCUGAGAUCAACUUCUACCGCGGCGAGAUGGAGGAGCUGAUGCGGGCCCACCAGGCCAAACCCCCGCACCCCCACCCUCACCCCCACCCCCACCCGCAUCAACACAGGGAGGUCCCGCAGGUGCCCGGGCAGCAGCAGCCGAACAACAGCCUGAGCAAGAAGCACAAGAGGAGCAACUCGACCAAGGCCAAGGAGCCGGGGGGGCCCGCCCACGCCCACGGACGGGUGGCGCCCCGCGGCGGCCACCACCACAACCACCACCAUCACCACCACCACCCCGCCCACCCCCGGGACAUCAACGCCCAGAGGUCCUUCUCCUCCUCCGAGGACGAGCUCCGCUCCACGCCCGACUGCACCAGCUGCGAGGAGCGCGAGAAUGAUAAGGAACCAUUUCGAAAGCACAUAUCUCAUAAUCACGUAAACGCAAGUUCUAGGAGAGACGUUCUGUUAGAUCACGCCGAAGCCCGAAGGCGGAAGAAAAUGGUUCACUUCGACGGGACCCACCAGAAUUCCAUCGGUAAAGAUUCCGGGAUCGAUACGAGUAGCACGUUCACCUCGAGUGAAGACUCUAAUUCUGUGCCCAAGAACCCGCUCUCGUGGCAGCAGAGCAGCGACGGGAGCCGGCUCAUCGGGCACAUGAUCCUGAAGAAGACGCUCAAGGAAGGCAGCGGCUCCUCAUCCAGCGCGGCCAUCCUCGGCCUCAAAGUCCACGGCGGGAAACUCCUCGAGAACGGACGCGUCGGCGCCGUCAUCGAGAAGGUCAAGCCCGGCAGCACCGCCGACGUCGAGGGACACCUCAAACCAGGUGAUGAAGUAAUUGAAUGGAACGGCCGACCUCUUCAGGGUAAAACCUAUCAAGAUGUCUAUGAAAUAAUCGCUGAGUCGCGACAAGAACCACAAGUAGAACUGAUAGUCUCCAGGAAUCUACAGAAAGGACGUCCAGGACCAUGGAAGCAACAAAUGUCCUACUCAGAUGUGUACGACAGAGGGAAAGAUAAACCAAGCGUUCUUGUCACUUCGCCAGGAAGUCCAGAUAUCUCCCGCAACGGGCAACGAUCCUCUCGAGUGCCAGUCUCAUUAUCAAAUACCGAAAAUAUUGGAGGCCGAUUACAGUUAAAAUUGUGGUUCGAUCCAGUGACGUUACAGCUUAUUGUUACUCUACUCUCUGCAGCUGGGCUGAUACCACGGCAAGACGGUCAACCCCGAAAUCCCUAUGCCAAAUUGUUUUUACUGCCAGAUAGAAGUGAGAAAUCAAAAAGGAGAACCAAAACUCUAGCUUGUACUAACGAACCCAAGUGGAAUCAAAGUUUUGUUUUUUCGUCGGUUCGAAGAAGUGAUUUGGAUUAUAGGACAAUUGAAAUCACCGUUUGGGACUACGUUCGAUUUGCCCCAAAUGAUUUUUUAGGCGAAGUUUUAAUUGAAUUAGCAACCGCGUAUUUUACAGAUGAGCCAAAAUGGUAUCAUCUGAAAGCUCAUGAAGAGGGUCUAAUACCUCAUAGUUUCUCGUCUGGAUGUGAUUAUGAUCUAGUUUUAACGCCAACGGAUCAUCUCUCCCCUCCAUCAACUCUCUCUCGUCUGUCUGACUCGGAUACAUCCGACCUGGAUGACGUUAGUCGAAGGGUAGCUGAUGGAGCUUCUAUCAGUAGUGUAGGCAGUUCUACCAGUCCUCCGCCUGACAUAGAUAUGUGCGAAAAACGACGAUCGCGGAGAGAUAUGUCACCCCAAGAGCGCAAACGAACUUCCUCCAUAAUGCAGCCUGCUAGUUACGAUGUUCCUUCUUAUAAAAAAAAUCAUAGUAAUUUAAUUCAAAGGUCACAUUCAGCGGCUCCCGCUGAAUCACCAAGUAUGUAUACAAGGUCUAGGUCGAAAUCUCCGACUAGGAUGUCAGAUUAUAGAAGUCUUUCUCCUCCAGAUUACAGGGUAAAUCAAAACGGUGUGAUACUGCCAAGUCAUGCCUACGUACCAAGAUUUUCCUCCAGGUCUGCCACUGCGACUCCUAUUUCAUCUCCAAAGAAACGACAGUUACCAAAUAUACCUCCACCCCUCCACCAAACAUUUAGACAUCGAGUUUCUCAGGAUUUAGAAGAUCGUUCUCAAUUGAUGAAGCAACGAGUUCGUCAGUUACAAUCUAAUAAGUCUUCCGGCUUUUCAGGCUGGAAUCCCAGUGGCUACAGCGAGCCUCAUUUGAUGUCUCCUGUAGAGAGCCGGGGUGACAGCGACCUUGAAAGUGUUGUAUCUAGUGCCUUUUCUACUCAAUCAGAGAGACCCAGGGGCUCUCGUUUCAGUGAUUAUGGACCCUCAUCAACUGUGGAGUCGUCGAAUGGUCAGCAGAAACGAAGCACCUUUUCUAGAAGUUUAUCAAAUGCUGAUGUUCCUGCCGAAGAAAAUAUAGAAGGAAGUUUAAGUGAUACAGCUUUAGGCCUUCGAAACGUUGAUAAUGGAAACUCGCGUAGAAACAAAGUGUCAAGCACGGCAAGUGAUAGAGGUGGAGUGAAGCAGUCGUCAGACCGUAAUCCAACAGGGAUGGGGAAGAAGAGUAACUCAACGUCUCAGCUGUCUGCAACUGGUCGAAAACGUAGGUUAGGUUUCGGUGCAAAGGGUAAAUCCUCGUUCACCGUUCAUCGGAGCGAGGAAGUCUUACCGGGCGAUGUUAGGCAUUUAGUGAAACAAACGUCGAGUAUAUCAAGCGAUGGCGAAGGAUCUCAGGACGGCGACAGUUUUGCCCCCUCACUGCGGAGUAGCGAUGGAGGUCAGCUGUCCGACUUUAUCGAUGGACUGGGUCCUGGACAACUUGUCGGGAGACAAGUGCUCGGUGCCCCUGCUUUAGGGGACAUUCAGCUCAGCUUGUGUUAUCAAAAAGGAUACCUAGAAGUUGAGGUUAUUCGAGCAAGAGGCCUUCAGGCGCAGCCUGGAUCUAAAGUUCUUCCAGCUCCAUAUGUCAAAGUUUAUCUUGUGAGUGGGAAGAAAUGUCUAGCCAAAGCCAAAACUUCUUCAGCCAGGAGGACUUUGGACCCUUUGUACCAGCAACAACUAACAUUCAGGGAGCCUUUCCAAGGGUGCAUCCUUCAGGUCACUGUCUGGGGUGAUUACGGUCGUAUCGAAGGGAAAAAAGUCUUCAUGGGCGUGGCUCAAAUCAUGCUGGAUGAUCUGAACCUCUCGAACAUAGUCAUCGGCUGGUAUAAACUAUUUGGGACAACAUCAUUGGUUAGUGGGCCUCCCUCUCUCGGCCUGUCACGACGCAGCUCUAUAGCAAGCCUUGAUUCCUUGAAAUUCUAGCUAAAGCUCCCUUUUUUCUCCCGUUGGUAAUCCCUUGCUUUUUGCUCAUGGCUCACUAUGAGGGAGAGACAGUGCGCAAUAGUUAUUGACCAAUUUUCACUAUAGCGUAGGAAAAUCCCGGACUCUGUGAUCCCUCCUGACUCCUUGUUUUUUUAGUCGGCCGAUGGUCAACUAUAUAUAUUUUUUUUUAUUGUUGAUGUACAACGUUUUAUCCUUAGUCCAUGUCUUUUUGAGCCUUAGUUUAGAAGCUGCUCUUCUCAUGAAUGUAGAAGCGUAUGAACUUAGUUGAUAUUUUAUUUUUAAUCUGGUUAUUGUAUUCCUCUCGGAAAUUUACUUCAAUGCCAUUUUGUGAAGAGCCCCUUGUCUUUACUGUACACCUAGUCAAGUAGUUUGGGAAAUGGUUUGCAGGAAAUGAACUACCAUGUGCUUACAAUGAAUCCUCUCCGAAAACCUUUAAUCAGCAUGAAUUUUUGGUCAGGUAUUCCGUCGAGCUGUUGUCUGUGCUUUUUGGUCAAACUAGGGGUUGAGUUGUGACCGUCCCCAGAAAAAAGGACUGCAGUGGCCAAAAACCUAAAAUUGAGGAGUUGGUUUAACUAAUUUAAGGUGUUGCACCUAUAGAUUUUUUCAGCGUAAAAUGCAGGUAACAAUAUUGAAUCAAAGUGAAAGUGGGAUGUUCCUGAAAUUUGCAGUAAUAAAACACAGUCUUGAGAGAAAGCUGUCUGAAGGCAGGAUAUCUAGUGACGGGAAAAGCCAGGAAAGACAGGGUGAAGUCAAGAAAGUUGAGGGAGAUUAAAUGCGUAACUGGGACAGUCGCUUGCUCACAAGCAAGUUAUUUAUUGCAUAUUUUCGGUGCUCUUUCAGUGCUUCAUUCUAGUUGGUUGUGAAUUUUUCUCUUGAAAUUUGGGCCCCCACUGGUCCCUACCCAUACUUUUUGUCGAGCUGUGUUUAUUUUUGUGUUUCUUUAGAUUUAGAAUGAAAAGUCAGGGAAAGUGAGAGAGAUUGAAAAUCCAGGAGUCAAGGAAAACCUAGGAAAGUCAGAGAAAAGGGAAAGAAAUUUUUGCUGGGCACCCUGAAAUUUUCAAUUCGCUAUGUUUUGGGCUGAAAAUUGUCUUUCUUAACGCAACACUAUUCCCUCAUGUGGCAAGGAACUGAACACAACCAGAGAGUAAUUUAUCAUGGAAACUCAAGAUCUGAAUUUUCGACUUAAUUUAAAAGAUAUUACCUCAUUGAAAAAUUUUACCUCUUUGCUAUAAAGUCCUUUCUCCUGUGGAUGGUCAACAAUAUCAGGAUCCACUUUAGUGAUCCAAAACAAGAAAGGGUCCUUAUCUUCAAUCUGGUAACUCUACAAAAUUUAAAAAAACAUUUUAGAAUAAAGUUUGAAAUUGACGAAUGCGUUUGCACAUAUCUCAUCGCAUCUCAAAAUAUUUCUUUCCAUCAUAAUCACUCAUAAAUUUUUAUGAUCAUCCUCUUAAUUUACUUGAAUCGAUCUCUAACUGAUAAUUUUAAUUUUUCUGCAUGCUGUUUUUCAUGCACAAUGUAUAAACAAGUUUUUUCAAGAUUGAAUGCAUUUCAACAAUAUGAUGGAGUUUUAGAGAGAUCUUUUUAAAUGAAAUUUUAUAAACACGAUGUUCUAAUUCAAUUGGAUAAUGCUUGAAAAUAAGGGUCCUUUUAACGUUUUGGAUUAUAUUCUUUUUUUUCCGCAUCUUGCAACCCGAUAUUGUACUUGUGCAAAGAAUGUUUCGUUAGAUAGAAACCUUGGAGUAGGCUCAAUAAGUUCAAUCGAAGGUAUUUUCUUUUAGAAAUACUGCCUUAUCACCACCGCUGCACUGCAUUAUCUAUUUUUUCAAAUGAAGGUAAUGUAGUUGUAAAAGUAAGAAAAUUCCUGGAAAGCAGACUCAAAAGUGACUGGUGAUUUCACCUCGAAGGAAAGCAUGCUCUGCUAUUCUCAAUAUUAGCAUGAGCUUGUAGAUGGAAAUGACCUCAUUUUGUCCUUUUGCUUUCUUGAAAAUUGUCCGAAAAGAAGUGUUACCCUUUGAAUUUUAUAAAAAUCGUAUUUUUCAUCAAUUGUCACAGUGUUUGUAUUCUUCAUAGCUGUGUGAAAGUGCUGUUAAAACUCUUGCCAAUCUCGGACUUGUUUUUUUCGUUGCACAAAUCAUGUUCGACCUGAAAUUUUGAGGAAGUAACAUACAUCUGAAUGCUUAAAUUCGUACCAUGUCCACUAGUCUUUUGUAGAACGAACGUUAAGAUGCGAAUGAACCUGCAUUGAAUUACUUCAUUUUUUAAAACUCUUAAAAUAUCAUUCGUAGACUCAGAUUAUGAGGAAGCUGAUUUUCAUUAAGUCAAGAUAAUUGAAUGAGAAAAGUCCUUUUGACAAGAGAGCAUGUGCCUCUAUUAUUUUUGAGUCCUAUUCAAGGGAUAGCUCUUUUUCUGUAGGAAUAUCUGAUUUAUAGCUGCUCACAUUAUUUUCCAGUGGAACUUUCCAUUUUAAUAAAAGCCGCCCCCCCCCUUUUUCUCCCUCUCGCUCCGUCUCUUUCCUGGAUUCUUGAUGGGGAAUCAAAAGCCGCCUUCUGUCCUUUCAGUAGGAACUCUUGCACUUGAGUGUUAGACUGCCUCAUUCGUAGGGCGCUUAUUUUUAAUGACUGAAAUAAGUUUAGCAGUAGAUAAGUAGGCUUUUGGCCUUGUACAUGAUAAAAUUUAAAUUUGUGUAUCUCAUAUAUUGAAGCGCUUAAAGCGAAUAUUUAUUACCUGAAUUUAUGCUUUUCAAUGCUUAGCUAUAUGCUUCUUAAGCCAAGGCUACCAAUAAAUUGCUGACUUUCUCUGUAGUUAGAGAGACCCAGGGUGGCCACUAAUCUCAAUAUAAUAGCAGGACAUGACAUUUAGAGUGCUAUAAUCUGAAAGUUUUGAAAUCCAGACAAUUUAUGAUGUCAACUUUUCAUGUGUACAUGUAUGAAUUAGAUUUUGCGUUACUAAGGAAUGCUAGCCCUGUAGAUUCGGUACAUUGGAACUCUGAAUUUCUUGGAUAUUGGAUGUGUCUAGGGGGAAAGAAUAUACCAGAAGGAUUGAAGCUCAUCUAUUUUCAUCAAUCAAUCAGUUGUCUUUGAAAGCAGAAUAAAAAUUCAAUUCACAGAAUUUUUGAGAAGACCUCUUGAACCUUCCCCGCCACCUCCUCUUUGCUACUGACCCUUCGGUUGAUUUUAUGUAAGGCUCCCUAGUUACUGCGUGGAUCCACUUUUUCCACUGUCCCUUUUCAAAUUCCAAGUGCAAUGAUCUCUUAGUUUUUCAGAACCAAGAGCCUUCCUGCCGUAUGAGCCCUAUCAGUCUUGUUUCUGAUUAAAUAAUAUUACAGCUUUAAGACUUGGUAGCUCAGAGUUGACAGAAAUUCGUAUCACAUUAUACUCAGAAGAACAAAUAAAAAGUGUACAUAAUCAGAAAAGCAUUACAUUACUAGUCUAAGGGUUUUGAGCUCGGGGAGAAAGGAAAAAUAUUUUCAUAAUCUGUGGCCACUCUGUCUAAGUUCAAGCUGCCGUUAGCGGGGGACUCGAAACUUUGCACCAGCUCCUCAUCGCUAGAAGUAUGCUGUAGAGUAUGUUAAUCUAUCCUUAGUAUAACGCUGUAACGUAGCUGGUUUGUAACUUUUGUUUGCGUAGUCUUUAUUGAGUUCUUUUUUUCCCGUGCGGUAAAUAGUAAUCUGUUUAUUCAAUGUUUCAGUGAUUGGUGGUGAAUAUUGUUUUCGUUCGGCUGAAAUUGACAAAGCUCAUUUUUGCAUUUCGUACAGUGAGCAUUCUACAUCUUCAUAAGUUAUCCUUACCUGUCUCUAAUAAAUUUGUAUUAUGUGAUUAUUUGUACUUGAAACCAUCGCUAUCCUUAUUUUUACUGAACAUUUCCGCGCAAAAUCCAAGUGCGUGUUGAUACCAUUUUUUAAUUCUUGUACACAGAAGAGCUCUUUUAAUCCAGACUGUUCAAGACUGUCCUCUACUCUGGGUGUAAAAAGUUAAAUAAAAAAAUCAAUGAUUGGAGGUUUCCGUUAUGCGUAUUUUCUGUCGAAUUCAAUAUGAACAUAUGGCUCUGUAACCACCUGUAAAAAUCAAGCUACUUUAAAUGGAACUUUUUAAAGACGCUUUAAUAUUUCAACAGUAACGCUUUUAAUAGAGAAAGAAGGAAAGCAAUGCAUAGUUUCAAGAUGAAUGUUUACUUAGGUACAUUGAAUCAAUUAAUGGUAUGUAAACUUGCAACUGCAAUGUUGCAACUUGCCACAGGGUUUGAGGAAUAAUUGGUCGGAAGCCUCUGAAAAUUUAAAGACUGCUCUCUCAUAAUAUAACUAGAUAAUUGGGAAAUCUGUAAGCAUAGUUCGUGCAGCUUUAAAAAGCUCUGAAUCACUCUCUCCUUUUUUUCUCUGAUUUUCCUGUACUUGGAGGUACCCACUUGAUUCAUGGAAAAUGCCGUGAGAAUUUUUAAUUUAUCUCUGGCAAUAAAAUUCCGUAUUAAACUUGUCAAAGAUUGUGCAAAAUUCAUUGUAUUUUCAGUUGGCAGCUCUUUGAAAAAAGGGCAAAACUCCCAAAAAUUUUGCUUCGUUUUGACUGCAUGAACCGUGACACAAGUCUGGAUUAAAAAAGGCCGUCUGUAUAAAAGCGUUUAGCCUAAUUCAAAAAGCUGAUUUAAGGCAAUGAACAGUCAUUGAAGAUUAAUACUUGUAAGUUCUAGUCUAUAACUUUAGCCGCUCCUCUUUUCAAAAGCUCAUGACAAAGAGCAAAAACACUUUCUCCCAUUUUAUUGUUGAAUAUUUUUUGGACACUCAAAGAUUCUGCUUCGGUUUUAGAAAGAUUCAAGAAUCAUAAAAAAUAAUUUAUACAAUAUUUCACUGUUAGAUGAUGAUGUUUUGAAGCUCUACCUCUGUACUUUGAGCUGUUAAUAUUAUUUCCUCAUUACAAUAUUUUUUCUCAGAAUAAUAAUUUCACUUUAUUUGAGGUGCAAAAUACAUAGUGCAUUGAAAUUUUUGUAAAAAUAUCUUGGCGUGGCAACUUAAUAACAAAGGAAACUUUGACAGGCUCCAAUUUAAUUUGAAUAAUACAAAUUAAUGAUGGAAAACAUCAAAGAACAUAGAUCCUAUUUUCAUAAUAUUUCAGAUCAUGAUUUCAUAGAUCUGUUGAAAAAUUGUAACGUACAUUUCUAGUUUUCUCUAUCUUGAUAAUAUUGAGACUUUGAUAUCAUUAGAUUAUAUCAAUGAAUGUUAUUUGUUUCUCAAGUACAGAAGACGGGUCUUUUUGUCACAACUUAAUUAGACACUAUUGUCCAAGUGUUUUAAAAAUUACAAGUUCAGCCAACACUUUGCCCAAGACCCCUGAAUUUCUAAAUCAUCUCUCAAUUUAUUCUCUUCUCCAUUGCGUUCUGAGGUGAGUAAGCAGGCACAUCUCAUAAUUCAUGCAAUGUUAGGAUAACGAACUCGCUGUCUCUUAUAUGAAGGAAUGUAUCUUGGCUGCGCUGAUUCAGUAUUUUUACAAAUUUACUCUUUCUUGGGAGAACUGUAGCUUAAAUUUUUCUAAAAAUUUCAGUGACUUCUCUCACAAGUGUAAAGAAAAAAUUGCUGACAAUUUUAGAAAAAUUCAUGUGAAGGUCAUGUCAUAAAAAAUAAAAUGCCGGUAAGAAAUACUGAAACAACGUAGUAGAGAUACAUUCAUUCGAGUAGGGGACAACAAACCGCAGAUUGUAGAGAGGAGAGGAGUUUAAACUCACUCUUUUUUAAAGAAAACAACAUAUCCUCGGUCAAGAUAGAAUAUUUACUAAAAAUCAACAAGUCUCAUUCUUACUCAGUUGUUUACCAAGUUUCUCAUUCUCUUUUUCAAGCUCCAAAUGGUCGGGAGAAGUCUCUAUCCCCAUUAACUGCUGAGCUUGUGAAAAUUUUGAGCGCUAUUAGGGCUAUGUAUUGUUAAAAUAUUUAAAAUUUGAUCCCCUAUCAAAGUAAUAUGUGCUUCAGAAUCUUGUUUCUUUCCAAAAGUGGUUUUCUUGCAUUGACUGGAGAAAGUGUUAUUCUUGAGCCUCUGUAUUUCGACCUUUUAGUGACGUUUUCAUUUUAUUGGCUCUCCUAACUAAACAAUACGUAACUGUAGUAUAAACUAGGUAUGUACCGACAUAAAAAGAUCCAACUUUGAAAAUCUUGUGACUAAAAUAACGAUAGUGGUGUCAACAUAUUUUCUAACUGUUUUUUUACUGAUGCAUAUUUCUCAACUCCCUUUUGCAUACUUAACAUGGCUUUGUAAAUACUUACCAACUCAUCAUAGUUUUCUACAUUGCAAAUUUCCAAUGCGUUCUCAGAUCCUCUUAUUAUAUAAGUACAAUUCGGAACCUAGAUCCAACUCAUCUUUAUUUUAAAGGCUCCAUCAUUUUUACUCAUCAAAUAAAAAGACAUAAACUAUGAAACUAAUUCUAGCAAUUUACCUGUUAUCUCUUUUUUUAUACUUACCUGUCAUUUGCAAAUUCGCAUCUAGUCGUUUAUAGAUUUACUUUUAUUAUUUUAAUUUUAUGUAGAGUAUUUUGUGCUUUAGAAAAAUCCUAAUGGUAUAGCUUACCCCGAUUUUUAACGAAUACAAGUGAACCAACCAAUGUUCCAGAUUCUCCUCCCUUGAGGGGCCCAUCCGUUGUGUAUCCAUUGUAAGAAAUAGUCGUCAACUUUGAAGCCUUACCCACAUGCUCACGAAAGGGCGACUCUCGGCCGCUCAGAGAAUUAUUGAACAAUUUUUGCCUCUCUUGAAGUGUAAAAAAAUUUUCUUGUUCUCAAAUGUUGGCAAUCCCCACCCCCCCCUUUUUUAUUGUCAUUAUGUUCGGCUGAAAGAAAGAGGGAUAGUUCAAAAUGCAUAGGAAAAGAGCAGGCUGCUAGUUUCACACCCUGAAAAUCAAAAUGCACCUUUGUGGAAACAAAUGGGACCAAUUUCAGAUAGGAAGGCCAAAGAAAGCGAUCACAACUAUAAAAUCCUCUUGCUGACGAUUUGUUAACACUUGUCUCAAACUUGUCCUAUUUCCUCUCAUUUUUCACACUUUCUAUAUAUAAAGUGCCGCUUUCACUACUCUUUAGCCGAUUCCGGAAUUUUUUCCUCUGUGCAAAUUUUAUUGGAGGCAUACGAUAGUUCCAAUUAGAGUUACUUACCGAAUAUUGGCAUAUGAUCAUGCGUUAUCCAUGUUUAUUUCAUGGCCAACAAGCAAAAAUUUUUCCCAACGCUUGGACUGUGAGUUUGACAGGAAUGCAUUAAGUUUAAAUGAAAAAAAGAGGUGUGAAAUUUUAUAGUCUCAUAAGUCUCAAUGUUCAGGACAGAGUUUAACAAAUUUUUUUCUCAUGCAAAAUAUUUUUUUUUCCGACUUUGCAUUUUCAACAGGAUAUAAUCGACAAAUAGUUAAAGUCUAAACUAUUCCCAACUCAUUUUUCCCCCAAAAUUUCCACCUAAUGCUUGUCCCCUCUGUUAAAGUCGGUCCAUUUAGCUGUUUGCGUUAGAAAGCCUCAGGAAAUAAGACUUGAUGUAAGAGAUAAUGAUGCACCUUCUUCAGAUAAUUGUUUCAGCGGACCUGACUCCUACAAACUCCCUGCCAAAAUUAUUAAAUCGUUUAAUCGCCUGGCACCUAAUUACAAGCUUUAUCGUAUCUCAAGAAAAAUCUGGAAAACUUGAAAAAAUCUUAACUCAAAUUAAUAGUAUCAGAAAUUAAUUAUUAGAAACCAUCUAAUUUAUCUUUUCAUCUAGGUAUCCAUGAGAAGGUGUUCAUUAUUUUUACCCCCUCUUCAAUCAAUUUGGACUCUUGCAAAUUAUGCUGUAGUUGCCAGUUUUAAUCAAGGAACUUGACCCCUCUUAUCUUUUACUGUUGAGAUUGUAUAAGCGCCAGGCAGUAGCUUUCCGCCCAUAUACGAAGAGCUGUAUCUUGUAAUAGUUUCAGAGGCAAGAAUUUUCGAUGAAACCAAGAUUUAGGCCUAAAUCCAGCUACCAAAUCAUUCUCUCCUCUAAAUAAAUACGGAUACUCAUGUUCAUUCCUCUAAUAUUUUUUGUGAUCUGUUCUCAUGGGCAGACUUUAUAUCAUAUCAGACAGCUAGUGCUGUACUCAAAAUCUGAAAAAAUUGUUUAUUUCCGUCAUGACCGUCAGUUAAAGUGACACUAUUUUAAAGGCAGUGCGAUAAUUCUGAUUCCCUGUUUGUUUCUUGGCAUCUUAAGCUAGAAAAAUGACAAUCAUACUCUCAGGAUGUUGCAUGUAUCUUCUCAGCAUUCCAAUCACUGAUCUAUUCUUUGCAAAAUUACGUUGCUGUAUUUGGACUAUACAUUUUGCAAUUCAGAACUGUAAUUUCUGGCUCAGUUUAGAAACAACCCAUGUGUCAAUAGUUUCUCAAGGUACAUAAGUAUUUUUGCGGAUGAGCCAGGAAUUGUAGUUGCUAAUGGUAAAAUGAAGUCCAAUUAGUUAUGAACACAUUGAAUUUAACCUUUGUAUUUACUUGCAAAGUGAAUGUUCUUUUUCUAUCGUUUCACAAGCUAUUCUAAAACCAUAAUUCUGAAUUUCAGAAAUUGUUGACAUUGCUAUUCUUUUACCAUUUUCUUACUGACAAUGAGUUAAGGAAUAUUUAGUAAACUCCAAUGGAGCCAUUCUUUUGAAAAAAAAGGAUGUAAGUUCUGCAGUGCUAUUAAAUUUUUAUAAGCCCAUUAAAUUUAUUUUCACAAAAAAAAUUGUCAUCAGGAAGCCUUUAAAUUUCUCAGUCGCAAUUGAUUCGAGGUGUUGCCAGAUUUUAACAAUAUGGCAAAGAUUAUGUUUGUGUAUCUCUAUGACUGAAGAAUGGUUCAACACUACCCACUCCUUUAGUGUCAAAAAAAUGUCACUUCCUCAGUGGUUUUUUUCCUCUCUCUCUCUCUUUCAACGCCUGUAGACAUAAGAGUAAAUAAUUACUGAGGACUUAUUUUACAUUUUUUCACCAAUCAGUUGUUUCUAACAUAACUUAUUAGUCACUCAAUAGGAAAAAUAGACGUAUUUAUGCAAAGAAGAACUGCAUGCAUGGCGUUAGCAAACAACAUAGUUCGUUUUAGCACAAGUAAGUGCAAAUACGCGUGGUGAUUUUCAUUGUUGGUGAACUUUAACUUGAAAUUAGACAGUCAACUAUGAAAAUACUAUUGUUCGUAAACUAAAAUUUUCUAGCAACCAUGGAAGUACAGUAGGGAAAGUUACUCCCCCCCCCCCUCAAUGGUUGUUACGUCAGUUCAUGAGAACAGAGCUUCAAACAUGUCCAACAAAAUAAUAAAAUUAACGGAAUUACAGGUUCCAAAAAAAAGAAAUCUGCGAGUGUCAUUAAUUGCCUAGUACAAGUUACGAUGUCGAAUGGAAGGAAUACUGACUUGAGCCUCCCACCUAUUUUUUGCACGUUGCUAGUAUAAUUAAUCAUAUUGUAAAUGUAUCUAGGGACCGCUUUAUUUUUGUUAAAAUUUAUUACUCAUCAAUGAUCGCUUGAUAUCAUUAUCUCCCCCUUUUCCUUUUUUGUAUCAUUUUUCCCCUCUCCUGUAAUUGUUAUUGUUGGUGCUGAAAAUAAAAUUUUAUUAAUUUUUAA